GUUCUGUCUUUGUAGAGCUUGAUGGAGAAGCAAAAACUACGAUUAUGUGGCAGUGCAAAGACUGAUUCAAAGUAUCUCCAGUAAUAUUUCGCCUCGCUAAAUUAGUUUUGUUAACAAGGCAACCUCGGCAAGACAUUAUUCUUUUUCAAAGCGUUCUUCGGAGAUAGCGGUUAAGCCAUUACUGAUCGCGUUUGGUCGCUAACGCUAGCGCUGUUAUAUCAGAGCUCAUAUCUCCUUUGCUGAUGUAUGUAUAUUUUAAGCUAUGACGACAUGAUAAGACCUGACCUAAACCGCUGGCGCUUCACUUCGCAAAUAUUUGAUUCGUAUGUAUGUCAGGUGCAUAAUUAAAUCAAACGCAAACAGAAAUAAUGCACGAAAAUAUAACUUGACCUGACAGACAGAUAAAUCUAAUACUUUGUCGGACAGGCAGUGUAGAGGGGAGAAGUAAAUACAGAGCGUAUUGUAUGCAAAGUGAGGACUGACCGUCACCUGCCCGAUCGCGUUUAUUCAUAUCCAGAAAUACAAUACCAACCAUCAUGUUUGAAUCGCGUCGUGGCUCAGCGAGGAUUGAUGUAUUCGUUUCAAGAACAGAAUAUUGAAACGGAGAACUAAAUCAAAUUUUCAGUGAUCAAUUUCACAUUUCGUUGAUAACCCGUUCCGAUUGUAAAAUAAGCUGAAACAGUUCUAGACGUGAUGUUACAAAUCUUAACCAGUUUUCAACGAAAUCCUGGAGAGAUGACGAUUGAGACGAAUGAGGAAACCAAGACCGCCCUGUAUGUCAAGACAGAAGCAAGGAAGGCAUCAGAUCCACAGAAACCAGCAUCAGAACCAAAGUCGUGGAAGCCACGUGAAUACUAUGAAAGAAUCAAGGAGUCACGAGAAGGGUCACGACCACCGAACGAUACGUCAGCUCCGUCAACAGCUUCACCGUCCCCACCACAUGUACAACAAACAUCGUCACCAUCCCCAUCACAUGUUCAAAAAACACCGUCACCAUCCCCACCACAUGUACAACAAACAUCCUCACCAUCCCCACCACGUGCAUGGCCAAUGCCCUCAUCGCCCGCCCCCCAUGCACAGCAAACAAUACCGCCGCCAUUACCACCAAAACAAGCGCAGCUCACAAUUCUGCCACCUUUGCCGCCAAAACAGGCACAACCAACACUACCGCCAUCUUUGCCGCCAAAACAGGCUCACCUCACAUGUCCGCCACCUUUGCUGCCAAAACAGGCUCACCUCACAUGUCCGCCACCUUUGCCACCAAAAAAGGCUCAGCUGACUAACAAGGCAAAGAUAAACUUCGAGGAACAAAAUCUGGGGAGAAGAGGAAGCGUACUGCCCAGGAAUUGGAUACCGAUGCCAACUGAUGACAAGGGAAAUGAUGUCACCGUUCAUCUGGUGAAACUAUCGAGCUCGUCGCCUGAGUACCGGGACGUUGAGAAAAAAUUUAAUGAAACCGUCUAUAUCGAGAAAAUCAAGAGCAUCGAGCGAAUACAAAAUCCUUAUCUCUACCAGGCUUACCAACUACGGAAAAUAAAGAUGGACCGUGAAAACCCCCAAGAAAACAAUGAGAAGGGAUUGUUCCAUGGCACCAAUUCAGCCAACAUAACGAAAAUCAACACUCAAGGAUUUGACAGAAGUUUUACAGGAUCUGUACACGGAGCUAUAUACGGUACAGGAGUGUACUUCGCAAGAGAUGCCUCCUAUUCUAUGGAUUACACUGGGGGCAGUCGGAGGGUUAUGUACCUCGCCCGGGUCCUAGUGGGGCGAUAUUGUAAAGGGAGCCCGAACAUGAAGAAGCCUCCGCCCAUAAACCUCAAGCAGCCAGAGAUCCUGUUUGAUUCCAUGGUGAAUGACAUGAAGUUCCCUUCAAUCUUUGUCACAUAUUAUGACAAUCAGUGCUACCCGGAAUAUCUUCUUACUUUCUAGAAUGAAAAUGACGUCAAUUUAUAGAGUUAAUUAUUCACAACAGUUGCACAUUUUCACCACGGAAAUUGACCUAUAUAAUGCUCGGGUUGUCUUCCUUGCGGUGGUAAAGAACAAUUAGAAAAUUAACUAAGCGUCUUCUAGCCAAGCUACAUCCUUCAAACUCGGCGAAUGCAAUCUUCCACUCAGCAUUUUAACGUUGCAAUUCACAAAUUGUGUAAAAUUCAGUUUGGAAAACGUUAUUUGCCUUCGCAUUCCCAUACAAACACUAUAACUUCUGACCGCUUUGCCUACUCGUCAAGGUAGCGUCGAAAACCGUGAUAAGCCCUCUUGUCUGGAAAAUUCUUUUGCUAAAAUCUAAUCACUGGAAAGUACAAUACUAAUGUUAAUGUGUUUUAGUCAACUUAAUUUUUGCUGAUUUUGUUUUACCAGUAAUCUCUAUUAUAAUAUCCAACGAGGUAAUUUUUAUAGCAAGUUAUUUUUUUACAUGCCAUGCAAGAUCAGUAGAACCCCGGUAACUCGAACCAAGUCCCAUUUUCUUUGGAUUUGACCCCACUUUUCAGUCAUUUUAACUCGGUUAACUCGAACUCGGAUAACUUAAAUUUCUUGCUAACUCGAACUGAAUUUCUUUUCCCUUGAUAAAAAUUUACCCCGAUAACUCGAAUUCUGGUUCAUGUAGCUCGCCAGGGACGUCAUCCCAUUAGCUUUUCUUAUCGUGUAAUCGGUAAAAACACUCAAAACUAACACCACAGCAAUUUGAUUUUA